CCCAAUCUGAUUCCAAUAUCAAGAAAGAUCUUAAAUAUUUAAAAAAAAUAUUGCUUCUUGAUGAUAAGUGGGAUGCAAUAAAUGAUUUAGUAGAGAUUCUCCAACCAUUCACCAAAGCCACUAAUUACUUAGGUGGAACAGACAUUAAUGACAAUGAUGAUGAUGAUAACUUUCAAGAUUUAUUCGACGAUGAUACAAGUGACGAAGAAGAAGAGAAUGAACAGGAUUAUGUUAAAUCAACUCCUGCAAAAAAAAAAACUAAAAGUAGCAUUCUUUCUAGUUUUAAAAAACAUAUACCAGUUACAGUUGAGGAGAUUUCUGAAUAUUUAAAGCUUGAAGAAAUUGAUAUUGAGUGUGAUCCUUUUGUGUGGUAG